AUGGGAAUGAUGAAGCAAUUGCUGACGCGCCCAGCGCAAUACGUUGCACGGAAGCAGCUGUCGCCCGCUUCGUUAGCGCUAUUCAGCUCGGCACGGGAGCAGAACCCCAACGUGUUCUUUGACAUUUCGAUUGAUGGCAAAUCCAGUGGACGUCUAGUCUUUGAGCUGCGCGCCGACGUGGUGCCGAAGACAGCCGAGAACUUUCGCCAGUUGUGCACGGGCGAAGCAGCCACGGGCAAGUCGGGAAACUCGCUGCACUACAAGGGCAGCAAGUUCCACCGUAUCAUCCCGAACUUUAUGUGUCAGGGCGGGGACUUUACGCACGGGAACGGCACGGGCGGCGAGUCCAUUUACGGGACCAAGUUUGCUGAUGAGAAGUUUGAGCUCACGCACGAAGGCGCAGGCGUGCUGUCGAUGGCCAAUGCUGGACCCAAUACGAACGGGUCGCAGUUUUUCCUGACUACGGUGGACUGUCCGUGGCUGGACAAGGCGCACGUUGUGUUUGGGCGCGUGACCGAAGGCCACGACGUGCUCAAGGUCAUGGAAGAGCAGGGCAGCCAGUCGGGAGCUACUCGUGUUGACGUUGUGAUUGAGGACUGUGGCGAGAUCAAGAAGUAG